AUGUUUAAGGCGAUUGUCCCGGCGUCUAAAACGUACUAUCCCACGUGACGUUUUGUUUUCUGUCUGAGCGGGGAACAUCAUGGAUCCCAGCAAAGUGGGAAAAGAGUCUGACGAAGAUGCGGACAUGGCCUCCAUCAUGGGGUUCUCUGGCUUUGGUAAGAAGGCCCGAACCUUUGAUUUGGACGCCAUCUUUGAGCAGACCCGGAGAACAGCCAUAGAAAGGAGCCAGCAUGUGUUAGAGGACAGGAUGAAGGAGGAUGCAGGCGAGGGCUCCCAGUCUGCCAAGCCUUCAGGCUCGGCCAAGAGAGACAAGCCCCAAGGCCCAGCUAAAGCCCCCAGGAAGCAGGAGAGCGAGAGCAGCAGUGGAGACAGUGACUCAGACUCGAGUCUCAUCGGCCCCCCGGUGCCCCCCAGCCUCACGGCUGAGGAGGAGGACGGGGACUUUGUGGGGCCCCCCCUGCCCCCAGGGUACACCGGCAGCACAGCUAACGAUGACGACGAUGAUGAUGAUGAUGAUGAUGACAUGCAGGACGACGAAGAUGAUAAUCCAGUGAAAAAGAUUCCAGACACCCAUGAGAUUUCUCUGCAGCAUGGCACCAAAGUAGUGUCAGCCCUGGCGCUGGACCCCUCAGGGGCGCGUCUGGUCACCGGGGGCUACGACUUUGACGUGCGUUUCUGGGACUUCGCCGGCAUGGACGCUGCCCUGCAGGCCUUCCGCUCCCUGCAGCCCUGCGAGUGCCACCAGAUCAAGUCUCUGCAGUACAGCAACACCGGCGACGUCAUCCUGGUGGUGUCAGGAAACGCCCAGGCCAAGGUGUUGGACCGAGACGGAUUUAACGUCAUGGAGUGUGUGAAAGGGGACCAGUAUAUCGUGGACAUGGCCAACACCAAGGGUCACACGGCCAUGCUGAACAGUGGCUGCUGGCACCCCAAGAUCAAGGAAGAGUUCAUGACCUGCUCCAACGACGGAACCGUGCGGACGUGGGACGUGAACUCGGACAAGAAGCACAAGGCGGUGUUCAAGCCUCGCUCCCUGCAGGGAAAGAGGGUGAUCCCUACCUGCUGCAGCUACAGUCGGGACGGCAGGCUGGCGGCCGCCGGCUGCCAGGACGGAACCAUCCAGAUCUGGGACAGGAACCUCAGCGUCCACACCAAGUUCCACUGUCGCCAGGCCCACGAUCCAGGAUCGGACCCUUCCUGUCUGGCGUUCUCUUACGACGGGACCACGCUGGCUUCUCGUGGAGGCGAUGACACCCUGAAGACCUGGGACAUCCGUAGCUUCAAGAAGCCUCUGAACGUAGCCACUGGUCUGGCCACCGUCUUCUCCAUGACAGACUGCUGCUUCAGCCCCGACGACAAGCUGCUGGUGACGGGGACAUCUGUGAAAAAGGAUGAGGGCAACGGGAAGCUGGUGUUCUUCGACAGGACCUCCUUCCAGAAGGUCUACGAGAUCGAGGUGACCAACGCGAGUGUGGUCCGCUGCCUGUGGCACCCCAAGCUGAACCAGAUCAUGGUGGGGACAGCAAACGGCCUGGCCAAGGUCUACUACGACCCUGUCAAGAGCCAUAGGGGUGCUAAGCUGUGUGUGGUGAAGAGCCAGAGGAAGGAGAGGAUAGCUGAGACCCUGACGCAAGACUACAUCAUCACGCCCCACGCCCUGCCCAUGUUCCGCGAGGCUCGCCAGCGCAGCACCAGGAAGCAGCUGGAGAAGGAUCGCCUGGACCCCAUGAAGUCCCACAAACCUGAGCCCCCUGUGUCUGGACCAGGUCGUGGCGGGAGGGUAGCAGCUCAUGGAGGGACCCUGUCGUCCUUCAUCGUGAAAAACAUCGCCCUGGACAAGACGGAUGACAGCAACCCCCGUGCUGCCAUCCUGCGCCACGCCAAGGAGGCCUCCGAGAACCCCUACUGGGUCGCCCCGGCCUACAAGGAGACCCAGCCUGAGCCAGUGUUUGCUGAGGAAGAGGAGGAGGAUGAAGAGACAGAGAACGAACCAGAGUGGAAGAAACGCAAGAUCUGAGAAAGACCGCAGCUAAGCCUGUGUAUUUGUGUGUGUGUGCGCGUGUGUGUUUGUGUAUGCAUACUUUAAUGGAAUUUUCCAUUAUUACGUUUUUUUUUGUCUUUUCAAAAUGAUAUAGCUUCUAUAUGAAAGCCCACAUGUGACAAAGAUUAUCUUUGUGUUUUUUACUUUGAUCAUUAUG